AUGGAAGAACAAAAUAUGGUUUCAGAUAUUCAAUUUGAAGAAUAAAUCAAUGAUCCAAUAGAAUACAAUAUGGAGAAACAAUAAUAUGAUAAAAGAGUAUUUAGUUAUAAUUCAAAAUCCAAAAAAAAAUAUUAGAAGAUUAUUGAAAAAUUAGAAAAUCUCAAAAAGACAGAAUUAAAAAAGAAAAAUAAAGAUAAUUAAUAAUUUAAAUUGGAAAUUGAAGGAGAUGAUUAUAGUGAAGUUAAAAAUAAUUAAGAGAAAUUGAAAAUUUUAAAAGAAAUUAUGAGUUCUGUUCCUGCCUAUUUGUUAAUGAGUCCAGCAUAAAAAAGGAAAUAUUUCAAAACUGUUAAUACACAAUUUUAUGAAACUUUAUAGAAAGAAUUAGGAUCAUAGUGUUCUCACUAAAAAAGUGUACAAUUUGAUCUUAACAGGAAUAAAAUCAAAAGUAUUGCACACUUGUAAUAUUUUUAGCUUUUAAGUAGAGUGAUAAUGUAUUUGAAAUUUCAUAGUCAUUGAUUUGA